GCCACUACGCAGCCAGACUGCGGACCGUCAGGAUUCAGGUCCAAGUUUUCGCGCCGAGUCGAGACCGCGCAACGUGCACACCACGCUGCCAGCGACACGAGGCCACGGGAUACCCCAGUCGAUCGGUGAAAGGCCAGUGGAGUAUCGAUCGAUCGAUCGUCGUCGUCGUCGUCGUCGGGUAGCUGAUCGGGGGCUGUGUCCGCUCCUGUACAUCUGGUGAGCAGCCCGCGGCGGGUUUACGCCCGUUUCACCCGGCGGAAGUGGUCGUCUUCGGGGGAGAGAUCGCCGGACUCAGGGAGCAGAAGACGCCUGGAAGUAACCGAAGGAGUUUGUGAAUAGGCCGAGUGAUCGGCGAGUGUGUGAUUCGAGAGUGAUCAGGGAAUCAGAGCGUAGAGGUGCGUGCGCCGCGCCGGUUCACUCGGCACGUGGACCACAGAGCAGACUCCACGCGUCACACUUCGGGGGACCCAUCCCUGCGAACUGUCUUCGUCUUCGACGCCGACGUCGUUGCUCUCGUGCGGACCAGGCGAUCCGGUGGACCGGGUCGCCGGCGCGGAGUGGAAAUUCAUCGCGUCCAUUGACUGCCGUUGUGUGCCCGGUGACUCUGAUAUCUCGGUGACUCUGUGCCCGUCUACCUGGACGUUUUUGUGCGUGAUCUACGGUGUCUCCGAGGCCGUGCCCGAGAGCGGGUUCAACGAGGUUCACGUGCUCGCCCGGCGACUGUCGAAAAUAUAUCGCCGCGAGGGCCACGUGCGGGAGGCGUUAAACGCGGCAGGUGCGCGGGACAGGUGGUGCGGAGUUAAUUGCACGCCGCAAUAAACGUAGACGUUCCGCGGGAGAUUGAUCAAGUGAGAGAGAGCAGGGGAUAGAGGGAAGCCGUUGCGGCGAAGAAACUGGCGAACGGUCCCAGCGACGACGACUCGCGCGAGUGAUGACACAAGGACUCUAAUAAACUCCUAAUUAUCGCCGCUGGUAAUUACCACACGCGCGUGACUCCCGUGUGUUCCCCGACGCGGAAUUGCACACGAUAACCAGCGGCCUGUGCGCGCACCGCGGACAAAUAGAAUAAUUAAAAUCGCAUUAAAGGAACCUCGUUUUCGUCCGUCUCUCUCUCGCACCCGACUCGCUUUGUCUCGCUCGGAAGGUGAACGAGCGGUCGUCACACGGACAUCAUUGUGUUGCCCGCGAGAUCUCGAUCUCGAUCUCCGCCUUCGCCUCCGCCACCGUCUCUCUCUCUCUCUCCCCCUCUCUCUGUCUGUCUCUCUCUCUCUCUCUCUCUCACUCCAUCGCCCGAUCGGCGAUAGAUUCGAAAUCGUCGGAGAUCGUGUUUCCUUCGCGUCCCUUCCGGGUAAUCGAGGUAUCGAGCCGUUUUCGCCAGGCACCGAGCAAUCAACUGUUUGCUUGUUAAUCGCUCCUAAUUACUCGCAAUUAACCGGCGUAAUUAAGUAGGCUGAUGUCACCGGCGGUCGAUGUAUUUGUGAAUCGUUUGUCCGUCGACGUCGGCCCGCCAUCGGGACUGCUCGCUGUUGUCGUCCGCUGCCGUUGGUACGCUGUUAUCGGUGACAAGUGAAAAAGACUGGGAACCCGAUCGAAGGCGGUCGGCGAGAGCAAGAUCGCGGGUCGAUCGUUGGUUCUGUGAUAAGAUCGAGAACGGGAUCGACGGACUCGCUGGCACUAAGGACAAGACUCGGUUCGAUCGAGCAGGUGGCAACGUGCUACGUGUACAAUUGCGGGCGCUACGAACUACGUCAGGACGACGUCCCACGCACAUCAGUCGCCGAUCUCCUUAGAUUACGAGUCCCCGGGAUGCAAGACUGACAUGGCGGAGGGUUCGGCCGAGGAGGAACAGAGCAGUACCGCUGCGCCCGCUUCCCCGCCAGCUGAUCUUCGCACUCUGAACACCCAAUUGUCGCCGCCUUAUCACCACCAGCCCCAUCUCCAACCUCGUCUUCAACAUCUGCAGCAUCCCAACAUGUUGGCGACCGCCGCACCGCCCCGGCACAGCCACAGCAUGCUGUCUCAUCAGGUGAAAAUGGAAGCCGAGUUGGACGCUCCCUGCGACGUGCCAUUGAAUCUCAAGAGCGAGGUUCAAAUUGCACAGUUCAACUACAACUUUGAGGACUCAAGAAAAUCGUUCACUAUUGACAGCGACAGGAGUAGCGCUGGCAGUCCAGAGCCGGCAACAACCAUCGGCUCGCUCCAUGAACACCAGAUGAUGAUGGAAGAGCUGAAGAACUCGCGGAAGAGGCGACGCAGUCCGUCACCUGAAAAUCUGCAUCAGGCGAAACGGGCGGCAGUGGCGCAGGCACAUCUUAAUGGGACAAGUGAGUCGGAUCGCCUACAAACACUGAUGCCCGGGAUGGUAACUCUGCAGAACCUUCAGAAUCUGGCGAGUCUGCAAAACCUGCCGCAAGUCGCCUCACUAGCCGCGGGUCUCCAGGGAAUGACAGCGGGGCUGACUAACAAUCAGCUCAUCAACACGCCCUUGAAUCUCACUGUCAGCUCAUCCGGUGGCACGGUACCAACAGCCUCGAGUACGACAGCUGCGCCACACCUCCUGCCACCAAGUUCGGCGCCAAUGGUGACAUUACCUCAGCUAUUAUCUCAGCCGCAACCGGUUGCAAUGCCUCAAUUCAUCCUAACGUCCGGUCAAUUGGUUCAAGGCAUUCAAGGGGCUCAGCUUCUUAUCCCUACGUCGCAAGGAAUUGCCACGCAGACCAUAUUGACCAUCCCCGUCAGCCACGUUACCAACAAUCAGAUGGUGAACCUGGCGCUGAGCAACGGACAAGUGGUGUCCACGACCCUGGCCAACCUACAGUCGAUCACCCAGCCCCAGAACAUGCUGAACACGCCGACCAGCAACGGUGACUUCACAGUCCCGACAAGUCCCAGUUUAGCAUCGGGACUGGGCCUGAAUCCAGCAACGCUGCAACAUCUACUGGGCAACAGCUCGGCCAGUCAGCAGCUUCUGAACGCGAUGCAGCCGCAGCAACUGCUCCAAGCAGCGCAAGCUGUACAAGCACAAGUUGCUCAAGCCGCGCAGGCUGUCCAAGCAGCUCAGGCCUCGCAGCAACCGCUUUUGUCGACCUCGCCUCAGCAACACAGCCAUCGACACGGCUCGCACAUGAACCAUUACACGCCGACGGAGAAGCAUCACAGAGAGAGGCCCGAGCAGUCGUCGCCGUUGAACGAGUCCGUGGUAUCCGCAGCAUCGGCGCUCAACAGACUCGCGGCCAGCAACGGGGAAAUCACUAUAACGACGUCGCACGGACACAGUGUCUCCGGUGUCAAGCAAGAGCCCAGCAACAUGCUGCACAGUCCCAAAACGGAGGAGGACGAUCUGCUAAACGAUUCGCCGAAUCAGCCGACCAUCAACGAGACCACGAACAACGUAGUGGACGGGAUCAAUCUGGAGGAGAUCAAGGAGUUCGCGAAGGUGUUCAAAAUGCAGAGAUUGCAUCUGGGUCUGACGCAGACCCAGGUGGGUCAGGCCCUGAGCGUAACCGAGGGUCCAGCUUACAGCCAAAGUGCCAUAUGCAGAUUGUUCCCCAGUGCCCUGGCUACCCAGAUGUACGCUGCCACGCAGAUUGCCUCUCAGCAGCAAGCUACAUUCGAAAAAUUGGACAUCACGCCAAAGAGCGCGCAAAAAAUAAAACCGGUCCUCGAGAAGUGGAUGAAAGAGGCACAAGAGAGUGUGCUUGUUGAUUACAGGUACAAGAGCGGGAUGGGUCCCCUGACGGAGUUCAUGGGGGUGGAGCCGACCAAGAAACGGAAGCGGCGAACUUCGUUCACGCCCCAGGCUCUGGAGGUGCUGACCGCCCAUUUCAAGAGGAAUACUCAUCCGAACGGUACGGACAUCAGCAACCUGGCGGGCAGGCUAGGCUACGACAGGGAGGUGAUAAGGAUUUGGUUCUGCAACAGGAGGCAGGCCCUGAAGAACACGGUGAGAUCGAUGGCGAAGAACGUGAUCUAAAGAUAGUGCGGCGUCGCAUGAAGAACCUGUCGCCACGAACAGAACCAGUGAACAAAAGUGAAGCUUUAAGGACUCGAUCAUUGCGCAGCAGCGGCCGA